AUGUCCUCUAGCAAGCUCUUCGAACCCCUCCGCGUCGGCCAGGUGGAGCUCCAGCACCGUGUGGUGAUGGCUCCGUUGACCCGGUUCCGCAACACCGAGGACAACCUCCCGCUGCCCAUCGUCACCAAAUACUACGAACAGCGCGCCUCCGUGCCCGGCACCCUGCUCAUCGCCGAAGCGAACCAGAUCUCCCCCGCCGCCGCGGGCAUGCCGCACGGCCCCGCCAUCUGGAACGAGGCGCACGUCCAGGCCUGGAAGAAGGUCACCGACGCCGUCCACGCCAAGGGCAGCCACAUCUACUGCCAACUGAUCGCGCUGGGCCGCGCGGCGCAUGGCCCGACGCUGCAGAAAUACGGCGACUAUGAGGUGUCUGCGCCCAGCCCGAUCCCGAUGGAGAAGGACGGCGUCCCGCCGAAGGAGUUGACCGAGGCGCAGAUCCAGGGCUUCAUCGCCGACUUUGCGCAGGCCGGGAAGAACGCCAUCGCGGCCGGCUUCGACGGCGUCGAGGUCCACGGCGCCAAUGGGUACCUUGUCGACCAGUUCACGCAGGACGUCACGAACCAGCGCACCGACGGCUGGGGCGGGAGUGUGGCGAACCGCGCGCGCUUCGCGAUCGAGGUCGCGCGGGCGCUCGUUGAUGCCGUCGGCGCUGACCGCGUGGCCUUCCGUCUGAGCCCGUGGAACACGUGGCAGGGCAUGAAGAUGGCGGACCCCGUGCCGCAGUUCUCGUAUCUGGUCGAGAAGCUCAAGGAGCUGAAGCUGGCGUACCUGCAUCUGGUCGAGUCGCGCGUCAUCAACAACAUCGACUGCGAGAAGGGCGAGGGUCUGGAGUUCCUGCUCGAUAUCUGGGGCAAGACCUCGCCUGUGUUGGUUGCUGGUGGCUACACCCCCGAGAACUGCCGCGAGGUCGACGAACAGUAUAAGAACAAUGAUGUCGCUGUGGUGUUUGGGCGGCAUUUCAUCUCCAACCCUGACCUGCCGUUCCGUAUCAAGAAUUCCAUUGCGCUGCAGAAAUACGAUCGCGACACUUUCUACACCCCUAUCCAGGAGGAGGGUUACCUCGACUACCCGUUCAGCCCCGAGUUUACUGCUGCGCAGGCUUAG